AUGCAACCUCAUCUCCUAGCAGCGCUCCUUGCGCUCGGCGUCAUUGCCGCUCCGCAGGCUGUCAGCGACGAGCCCUUUCCCGAGCUUGAGGGCGUCGUGACCGAAGAUGGCAUCGAGCUUGACAGUACCUUCGUCGUGGAUCCUAUCUUUGAGAUCCUCUCAAACUACACCGUCCUGCCUGACAAGGUGACCGCCCGUCAGGCGCCACCCGCCAACCCGCAGACCACCACUGCCGACGCGGCCUCCAAGAUCAAGGCGCCCGGCGGUGGCGAGAAGGGUGUCUUUUACCGCGGCGACUCGCGUCCUCCUUCGGUCAUCUUCGCCGAGGGAUUCGCGCCGCAGGGCAACAACCCCAGCCUGCGCGACCAUCUUGGCUUUGCCGGCAACUCGGGUCUCGUCUCCCUCACCCGCGACCCCUCGAGGGCCGAACAUUACGCGUUUGGCCGCACCGGCGCGAAGACGGAAAAGGGUUACGUCUAUGUCGUCUCCACUAAGGACGUUCCCGAUGGUUUCUGGGUGCCCGGCCUCUACAACCCGGCCAAGGACCCGGCCAUCGCCCGCAACCAGGAGUUUGCCGUGGCCGGCUCCGUCCCCGCCUCGAGCAUCUCGCACGCGUACGAAAUUACCUCCCAGAACCCGACCGCCAGGAACAUCAAGGUGAAGAAUGAGGACUACGUUCUCAAGAAAUCGCCCUCUUGCUUCAGCUUUGGCAAGCGUGCUGUCUGCGACCCCGCCAAGUACAACGCCAAGGCACCAGGUGCUCGCAGAGUCAGAACCAAGGUGUCCCGCACCUUCCGCGCCGGCGCCCGGGCCGGCGGGGCCGUUGCCUUUGCCGUGCUGUCGCCCUACGCUCACGACGUGCUGGACCUGGUCAAGUCGUGGGACAACCCGAUCGGCCACGCUGUCAAGUGGUUCGACGACUCCAUGGCGAGCAUCCAGGAGUACAUUGGCGGCCCUCAGGUGCCCGAGAUCUACGGCAACACGCUCAAGCUGCGCUUCAUCUGCUGGAUGCGCGGCGAGCAGCGCUGGCCCAACGAUGUCGACCGGGCCUGCGCCCGCCUGCGUGCCUCCCAGCAGCCCCAGCCGACACGCGAGGAAAAGCGCCUCAAGAGUAUCAACGACGUGCUCAACGUCUGCGAGCAGCUCGAGCAGGGCACCGUGGCCCCCAAGAAUGAGGAGCAGAAGGACGAGCUGCAGGAUCGCUGCGAGGAGUUCCGCGAGCAGACCCAGGAGCAGGACACCGCUUCCGCUUAA